AUGGCACUGGGACUUGCAAUACAAGAAGGAGAAUGUGGAGCCACAAUCGUUUCUGGCAACACUAAAGAGAUCUCUCACCUGGUUGAUUUUGCUAUUUGGGAUUGGUGUUGGUGCCUUUCACCUAAUCGCUCAUCUAAGGAUGGGAAACAACUAUGUUGUUGGCUUGGUCCGAGUUUUACUAUUGGAGCAGCUCUUUGUUUUGCUGUUGCUAUUGCCAAUGGACAAGUUCUACAACGAUCGUCAGUGAUUCCCUUAUCAGCCGAAGAACGAAACAGUGAACCAAUGGAAGAGAAGAAGAAAGAAUUUAUGGAAGAUCUGAAGAAGAAUCUGGAGAAGAAGUCUGAUGGAGUUUCUAUCUCUGAAGAAGAACUUGAUCGCAUUUGGCAUAAAUACAACAUGCCAAUCUCUGCAAUCGAAGACGGUGGUUACCCGCAGUAUGCACAAUAUGAAGAUCACCCACAAGAAGAUCCUUGUCACAAGAUUGAAGAUGAUUUUGAAGAGCCGCCAGAUCAAGAAUCAGAUCCUGUUGAAUUCGACAAAUAUGUCUCUGCAAAAGUAUCGUUUAAUGCAGAUGGAGUUGAGACUUUCGGAGUUGUUCAAGGUCGGAAGCGUGACUAA